ACAAACAAGAUACAGUGAAAGUCUACAGACCUAAUGCUCAUGGGGACCACACUUGUGCGGCAUAUAUAAUAAAAAUGAGCAUUGCUGAAGAAUGUGAGGUACUGGAUAUAAACGUAGAUGAUUUUUAAGUGCAAAAUGACAUUAAGAAAAACUCAUGUGAUUGCCUUUUUCGACUUGGAACAUUUGUGAAUAAAUUCUUGACUGAAAGUGCCUUCUCCGAAUGCCCCAGACCACAAAUCGGAAGGUCCAAAGAGACCGCUUAAACUGCCCAGUGGGCAAGGGAACUGUGUAUAACUCGCUGUUGGACAUCUCCAACGCCACCCGGGCAAGGGCGAUGAAAGUGAAUCUAAUAGAGACCGAGAAAACCAAGAAGCUUCACAGAAUCCUGGAGAAGAACCAACGUCAUACUGACUUUAUCCAAGGAAGAAUGAAGGAAAGAACGGAAAGGUCUCUCCGGGAACUGAAGGCUUUCCAACAAGUUCUCAACAAUGAUUACCGAGUGUCAAAUUUCAAGACAAUGGACAGAGGAUUCCGAAGAGAGCUAGUCCAAACCCCUCGAACAGCUCGGAGAUUUAAGAUAGAAACACGCGUUUACUACUCCGGGUUCGAUAUGAAGACUUUCAAACCAGAAAUUGAUCGGAAACUUCGACAAAUGGACCCUUCGCGAACCCAAAGGAUAAUGAGGAAGAUUCUUCUGGAAGAGUUUAAAGACCGUAGUGACGUUCUGAUUGACCGGAAUCUGUCCGAGAAAACCUUCCUGCAAAUGUUGGACGAUCAUAAGAAUCUAAAACAGUACAGGCAUCAUCGCAAUAAGUCUAUCGUUACUUUCGAAAACGCGGAGAAUGAUGCUGAGACAAACGACAAUAAAGAGAUUCAGAAGGAGCAUAGCAAUGCUGCGUCAUCAGGAAUUGAUGCUGCCGAUGCUGUGAUAGACAAAGUAGCUGGCUUCAACCAACAGCAUUAGCGGGUUUUUCUCCAUACUGGAAGACACAUAAGAGUAUAUUUUUUUAUCGACAAAAUUUGCGAACACAAUUUUUUAUGAAUUAAAUACUAGUAUUUGGACACGACUCCAGAUAUCCGUGAUCACCAUUAAUUUUGUUUUCUGACCUUAUGCUGCAAGCUGUGAUAUAUCGUGUUCAGGUUUUUAUAUUCCCAUGUCUGUAAAUGCAUGUAUGCCCAUUUUUCUUAGCUUCUUUUAAGAUUUUGUAAUAAAACACAAUCAGUU